AUGGGCCACUUGACUUGCUUUGGAUUUCCUUCCUUUCUCUCUCAGGUUUUUGUUUUAGGAUGGCAAUUUGGCAAUGUCCUGCUCCUUCAACCUCCCUUCUUUUCUUUUGUCUGUAGUAAGGUGGAGAACAAAAAAAAAUUCCUCUCAUUUACCUUCCAUCAGAUCUUCAAAUUUGUUUGUUUUAAUCCCAAAAUUUGUCACAAACCUUGAAUCUCACCUCUGAAUCACUCAAUCACUCUAAAGUCCUAAACCACCUUAUUUUGCUGAAAAAUCGGAAUUAGCAUAAUUGGAUUUCUAGGCUUUGAAGAACAAGGAAAGAGAUUGUGAUUGAAGAAAUUGAUAUGAGAUUUGAUGAUAAUAUAAGUUGCAUGUUUCCAGUGCAGAGUAUUGGUUCCAGUAUUUUGUUUGUUACUUGAUUAAUUGCUACCUGUUUUGGUUUCUCUGGUUUUUCUAUUUUUUUUAUUUACAGAAAAUAAAGAUUCCAUGACUGAUUUCGUGACUGAUUUACAGACGUUAAUCCUAUUAACGUUUGGAUUUCAGUCCAUUUAUCCACCUUAAAUUUUAUUUCAGCUUCUUACCAAACGCUCUUAUUCAUUUAAGGUGACUUAAAUUAUCAGCACCUAAUCAUUUAAGUUGACUGAAAGUGAUCGCCAAACAGACCCGAAGUCUCUAUCAUAGUAAAAUCUCACAUUGUUGAAGUCUCUAUGUUAAAAAAGAAAAUUAUUUUAAUUGAUGAUAUUAAUUAGUUUUGUGUAAUUUAAUGUUGAAUUUAUUAUUGCGGCAAAAUAAUUAUUUGUUUGAUUAGUUUAUUAAUUAUUUGAUUAUAUGUUAAUUUAAAUGGGUUACAAAGUGUGAAAGAGGGACGGGGAGAAAUAUAUAAAAGGUAGUUCGGUCAUUUAAUAGGGCGAUAAUAUAUAGAAAUGAGUAAUAUAAAUAGGGGUUUAAUAAGCCCUAAUUUAUAUGACGUGGUCUCGUGAAUGUAGAUUUUGAACAACUCGAGAAAUAGUGGAAUAUCAAAAGAUGGUCAACAUUUUAUUUUAAUUUUUUUUAUCUUCUCGGCAAUUGAAACAUCCUUGGAAGUUGGAAAUUCCUUUAAUUUGGACUUUGGAGGAAAACUUAAUAGUCAGCUUUUAAAUGGCGAUUGGCGAGUACUUUCAAAAUGCAAACUGUUUAUUUUCAUAAAUAUCGAAGAUUAAAACUUAGUCUCAGCAAUUCAGUGACAACAAAAAAUUAGAAAUUUGUUUGCUUAUUAAAAAUGUGUGAAAUCUUGUCAAACUUAUGGAGGUGGUUAUGUCUAAUGCCAAAAAAUGAAACACCAACAUCAGAUGAUGAUGACCCCAAUUACAAAACAUUUCCUCAUGUCAAGAAGCAAAUAGAAAGCGACUCCAUCGACAUAUCGGAUCAUCAUGUUGAGCCCAUCUCAUUCUCAUCGGGUUCGACCAAUACCGAAGAUAAUAUCCACACUUCAACCUCUCACAUUGUCGUUGAUUUGAGUAGUGGGUGUGCUGAAGAUGCUAAGACGACAAAUGCUAAAGGAAAAGAACAACCAGUCAUAGAUAUCGAUUGUGGUUACCAAGAACUGAUACCAGAAGUAGUCUUUGAAGAAAUCGUUACUCCUUUGAUUAGUGUUAGGAGAAUAGGGCCAUACACCAGCGCUCAAAGGAUACUGCUCGUAGGCGAAGGCGAUUUCUCUUUCUCCGCUUCUUUGGCCGUCGCAUUUGGUGCUUCUGCUGCCAACAUUACCGCCACUUCUCUCAACACCAAGAAAUAUUUAAUAAAAAACUACGGCCAAUUCUUCACCAACAAGGCUGAGCUCGAGACUCGAUGUAGCACGGUGCUUCAUGGUGUUGACGUUACGAAAAUGUUGAGACAUCCUGUCCUAGGAAGCAUGGUGUUCGAUCGUAUCAUUUUCAAUUUUCCACAUGCUUUGAAUUGUGUUGCAACUUAUACUAAACCGCUUCCACAUCAAAAGCUGAUCAGAGAAUUUUUACUAAACGCAAAGGAGAUGAUCGGAGAAGGCGGUGAAAUACACAUCACCUCCAAGUCAAAUGGUGUUUAUCUUGAGUGGGAUAUACCAAAGAUAGGAAGUGUUAUCGGGAUAAAGCUAAUUCAACAAGUUAAGUUUAAACGUAGCAAGUAUCCUGGAUAUAGCCCUAAGUAUGCUUGCGACGAUGAAGAUUUCGACUGUAAUCCCAGCAAAACAUACAAGUUUGGCAAGGUUACGUUGUUUAGAUGAAAUUUACAAUCACACUCUCCUUUUCCAUUCCUCAUUAAUCCAUGUAGUAGACCUACGUACUGUUAUGAGCAUGUAUGGAACAUGAGUAUGUUCUUGAAUUUGGUUGCGUAAUUAUUGCGUACUUAAGGUUUUUUUUUACGGAUUUUUCAUGAAA